CAGACAGUUCUUACAUAUGAUGAUGUUACUGGUCAAGCGGAAGACGAAGACAUAAGUUUAACCAAUAUGUCAACUUUUCAAAGUAAAUUACCACCUGGUAUAUUAUCACAUGGGCUACCACAAGUUAAAGAAGUUGCACCUGCCAUUACAUCUUUAGAAAGAGAACCAAUUAUUAAAGAAGAAACUAAAAAAUUAAGAGAAUUGAGUGAUGCAGAAAAGAUGAUGAUAAUCCAUUCUGAUGAUUUUCAACAAUUUAUGGAUCGUGCUGGAAGAGUUAUGGAACGAGCAUUAUCAGAGAAUGUUGAUAUAUAUACAGAUUACACUGGAGCUUUAGAUAAUAAUGACAUCAAUGAAGAUAAGAGUAGCACUAGAUUAUCUUUGACUCGUGUAUUUUAUGAUGAACAUUGGUCUAAAAAUCGUCUUGUAACAUCAUUAGACUGGUCUCAACAGUUUCCUGAGCUAACUGUUGCAUCUUACAACAUUUCAGAAGCACCGCACGAACCUGAUGGUGUAGUUUUAGUUUGGAAUACCAAGUUUAAAAAAAAUUCACCAGAAUAUGUAUUUCAUUGUCAAUCCAGAGUACUAUCUGCUACGUUUGCUAGAUUUCAUCCAAAUUUGAUUUUGGGUAGUACCUAUUCUGGACAAAUUGUAUUAUGGGAUAAUCGUGCUCAAAAAAAAACUCCAAUUCAAAGAACACCUUUAUCCAAUACUGCUCAUACACAUCCUGUAUACUGUAUUCAAGUAGUAGGUACACAAAAUGCUCAUAAUUUAAUCAGCAUAUCAACUGAUGGACGACUAUGCUGUUGGAGUUUAGAUAUGUUAACACAACCUGUUGAAAGACUUGAUUUAACUGCUAAACAAUCAAAAUCAGUAUCUGUAUCAGCUUUUGCAUUUUUACAUGAUGAUGUAAAUAAAUUUGUAUUUGGCAGUCAAGAAGGCUCUGCUUAUUCUGGUAAUAUAGUAUAUGUUAUAAUUCAUUAAGGAUAAAGGACAGUC